UAGGCCAGAAACGCUUCCUCUCUGUAUCGUCUCUCCCCUUAUACCCUUCGUCGCUCCCCGCAGCCUCCUCCCCGCGUACGGCAGCAACCAUGGCAUCUCUGGGUCCCAACUCUCAGAGACGCUACAUGCAAUCCGACUCUCCUUCUACCACCAAUCUCUUGGCACCGCAGUCGUCGAGAAUGCCUCCAAACGGCGUGCAGGCCGCGUCAGGCUCUUCUCCCCGCUCGCUGCAUAGCAUGGCCAGUAACGCAUCACUGAACGAUGGUCAGUCUCGCUAUGCGGCUAGUGUAGCACCUUCGAUAUCGGACAAGUUCUCUCUUUCGCCGGAUCCGACGUCUUGGGGCGCGUACCUUACGCCCGACGUGCCAGAAAGUGAUGACUACCUCCACAACCCCGACCCCCGGCGCGACCGCAAGAAUGACCAGGGUGGAAACAUCUUCACGUACAGAGGAACCACCAACCUUGGCUGCUUGCUGAUACUUGCAGUCGGCACGGUCACGCUUUUUGCGGGUUACCCGCUUAUCAGCCAUUUCACUAAGAAGUCGCAGUCGCGCGCAGGCGGCUUCAAUUUGGGUGGAGUGAACGCAUCGGGCCAGAUUCCGUCUCUCAUUGGCAACUACGGGAUGGUUGACAAGCAUACCCCUACGGAAGCGCGCACCAAGACUGAUUAUGUAAACGGGAAGACAUUGGAGCUGAUCUUCAGUGAUGAAUUCGAAGUGGAGGGACGUACGUUCUGGCCUGGUGAUGAUCCUUAUUGGGAAGCGGUCGAUAUGCACUAUUGGUCCACGAACAACCUGGAGUGGCUCGAUCCGACAGCGAUCACGACGAAGAAUGGGAGCUUGGAGAUCACCAUGACCCAGAAAGCCAAGAAUGGCCUCAACUUCACCAGCGGCAUGAUGACGACAUGGAACAAGUUUUGCUUCACCGGCGGUCUUGUCGAGGCGAGCGUUUCACUCCCAGGCACCAAUAACAUCAUGGGUUUCUGGCCUGCUGUCUGGAUGAUGGGCAAUCUGGGUCGUGCGGGCUAUGGUGCUUCGCUGGACGGCAUGUGGCCUUACACGUAUGAUUCUUGCGACGUGGGCACUCUUGCGAAUCAAACGAAGAACGGGCUUCCAAUAGCUGCUACCGAGAAUGGUGACCCGGCGUACGGCGAUGUCCUCUCAUAUCAGCCUGGACAGCGGCUGUCCCGCUGCACUUGCGCCGGUUCAUCGCAUCCUGGACCUAUGCACCAGGACGGCACUUACGUCGGGCGUGCUGCCCCCGAAAUCGAUAUCUUCGAGGCUACGAUCACCAAUGGCAUGGGUGCAGUUUCCCAGUCUGGACAGUGGGCACCCUACAACCACCAGUACCUGUGGUCCAACACUACGGAUAACUACUCUAUCAAGAACGAGACGGACACGUUUCUGAAUAGCUACCUGGGUGGUGUCUACCAGCAAGCGACUUCGGCGGUAAGCUACACUGAUCAGAAUGCGUACGAGGAGACAGGUGGAUACGCUGUCUACGGUGUUCAGUAUAAGCCCGGGUUCGAUGAUGCGUACAUUUCCUGGAUCAACAACAAUCAAGUAGCAUGGACGCUUCAGGCUGGAGGUGUCGGCGCCGACUCCGUGACUGAGAUCAGCGCUCGUCCAAUCCCUCAGGAGCCCAUGUAUCUCAUCACGAACUUCGGUAUGUCCGAGAACUUCGGCACCGUCGACUUCGCAAAUCUGCCGUUCCCGUCCAUCAUGCGCAUAGACUGGAUUCGUGUCUACCAGGACCCUGACAACAAGAACUACGGCUGUGAUCCGGACGACUUCCCUACGGCAGCGUACAUCGAGACAUAUCUCCCGGCUUACACUAACCCGAACCUUACGACUUGGGUUGACGACUUCGGCCAGGUCAUCCCGAAGAACAGCCUAAUCGACGACUGUUCAUCAUGAUGUAUGUCCAUGCCUAUAUGUCUGUCACUCGUAGUUACUUGCAUCUUCAUAGUCGUCCGCUCGAUACUCAUACGUACGCCCUUGGUACCCUAAUGGGACGCUCACUGUGCCCAUCUGCCUUCAUCCCUAGCAUUACAUGUUUCUGUCGCAUUCGCUUCUUUCGCUCUCAACGAUGCGCUACUAGUGCUUAUUGUGUAAAUAUUCUCUGAAUGAGGAGUGCCAGAAUAGAUUGCAGGCCUACUUUCCCUGGCCAUGUACACAUCGUGC